AUGUUGGCUAUUAUUUUCACAUGGUUAAUUUUAACGAAUGCGGAAAGGAGUCAACCGAUGUACAUCCUCCUACCAACUCAAGUACCCCGAAGUUUGGAGUUAAGCCAAGAACCUCUAUUUCAAGAACCAAUUGAAACCAUUCAAUUUAUUAAAGAUCCCGCCAAAGUAUACACACCAAAUGAUUUUUUCGGUGAAGUCCACAAAUUUAUUAUUGGCGUGCAACAGUUUGUGCAGAAUCCACCGACUUCACUGUACAGUGCGUUCAAUCAACUGCAGAGUAAUGGCAAAAAGAAUCACCAGAAACAGAAGCCCGUGAAACACAAGUUGGUUCUUGACCCCUUUGGAAAUAUUUCAUUCACCUUGGGCUGGUCAGCCAACUUGCAGGUGUUCAAUAGCAUCGGUUUCAGUAAGACUCGGAGUCUGGUCAACUACAAUGCAUGGACUAAGGGUUAA